AACUAAUUACUAAAUUAGUUUCCAACGUUAGUUUCACUUCAAGCCUUUUCCUGGCUGCCGCUGGUGAUAAUGUUACAGGACGCUGAGCAGCUGUCUGGAUUUAGCAAUACAGACAAUGUAUCAAUCUGCACCAAGAUCUGAAGUUGAGAGUGCAACAUCAGUUUGAAAAGAAGCAUAGCCAGCGCUAGCAGAAGCGUUCAUUCAAAAUCCGUCUUUGUGGUAAUUGUAGUUCCACGUACAUGUAAUAACUAUCCGGUUUGAAGAUGAUUGUCGUGCAAGCUUUCGCGUUGUCUCUACUGGCUCUACCUUGGGUAGCAUCACACCCGCAAUGCCUUGAUUUCUUGCCUCCGUUUACUCCGUCGAGUUCACUAAGCUACUGCAGCCAGUACAGCGCGUUCUCCUGCUGCUCCAGUGCUGGAGAUGGAGAGGUCGCUGCGCACGUGAACUCAUUCGGACAACAAGUAGCCGCCGCUCCGAAACCUGCGGAGUGUGGCGAAAUGCUGAAGGAGGUAAGCUGUGCAAGAUGCUCACCAUACGCAUCGCACAUCUACAAUGCGGAGGCGACUGGCAUGGCAAGUGCAGUCGCUGGCUUGUGUACGGAAUUCUGUAUGGAUACUGUGAACGCGUGUGGAAUGGAUCUGGUGAUGAACAUUUCGAAUGUCUCUGACACAUCCUUUGCCAGUGCCAGCGCCCUCUGCACAGCUCUACAACCCGUUGAUUUGGAUUACUGCGUGCCGUAUGUCCGUAAUUUCACUGCACGCUUAGCUGCGCGUCCCACAGCCUCGCCGACCGGGAAUCUCCAGUGCGUAUGCGUGAAGGAAGUGAUGGGACAGUUGCGUAAUCCUGUUGUGGCCGUGCAUGCUGGUGAUCGGUCACACCGACUGUUCGUAGGCGAACAGCUUGGUGUUGUAAGAGUACUACUACCGAAUGGCACAGUCCCCGAAGAACCGUUCAUCGACCUGCAGGAUCUCGUCGUGACAUCACAGAAGGAGGGAGAUGAACGGGGGCUGUUGGGGAUGGCGUUUCACCCGCAAUUCUCACUUAACGGCUACGUCUUCUUCCAUUUGAAUGUGCGAAGCAACAGUCUAGGGCAGUCAGGUCUCUUCAACAGAGUCAUUCGCUUCACAGUUCAGCAAGACAAUUCAAAUAAGGUUAAUCGUUCCACUGCCAAGACCAUACUUGAAGUGCAACAACCCUAUGGUAAUCACAAUGGCGGAGAGAUGUUCUUCGGUGUGGAUGAUGGCUACCUCUACAUAUUCCUGGGCGAUGGUGGUGCUGCUGGUGAUCCGCAAAACAAUGCCUUGGACAGGAGCAAUCUUCUAGGAUCCGCAUUGCGUAUAGACGUCAACACUAACGACAGCACUCCGUACGCCAUACCACCGAGCAACCCGUUUGCAGGAAGUGCAGCAACGCCGCAGGUGCGCCAGGAAACCUACGCCUACGGCCUUCGCAAUCCCUGGCGUUGCUCACAGGACAUUGGAGAUAGGCACAUGAAUAAUAGCGGCAGAGGGCGUAUAUUCUGUGGCGAUGUUGGACAGGACCGUUUUGAAGAGAUUGACUUGAUAGAGUCUGGACAGAACUAUGGAUGGCGUGCAUGGGAGGCACACUUCUGCUUCAAUGCUCAACAAUGUCUGGUUGAAACCAGCACUCGCUUCCCUAUCUACGACUAUCCACACAGUGUCGGCAAGUCUGUAACUGGUGGUUAUGUAUACCGGGGAUGCCUGUCACCAAACCUUCAGGGUCUCUAUAUCUAUGCAGACUUUGUCAGUGGGGGCGUGUAUAACCUCCGACAGCCUCCCCAGCCGUCCCAGCAGUGGAAUAACUCUCAGUUCUGUUUCGGGGAUAGCUCGAUGUGUAACAACGGACUUACUGACCUGUCAAGUACGAAAUAUAUUCUUUCCUUUGGUCAAGACGAGAGUGGUGAGGUAUACAUCUUGUCUACAAACUUCCCAUCACCAACAUCUGCAGGAGGCAAGGUCUAUUGGAUAGUGGAUCCAUCCCGACGUGGUGAUCCAGCUCAAUGCAAUACACUGUUCACAACAGCGCAGAAUACUACAGAAAUACCUAUACACUUCGUGAGUGGAGGCAGUGUUCCAGUUGACUUUAAUCCAACUUCUUCUGCAUCCUCAACACUAUCACAUUCUUCACGUCCUACAUCGUAUCCCGGCAGCUCAACAUUGUCACAUUGUUCAGGCUUAUCACCAUGGUGUGGACUAUUGCUGAGCAACAUACUUGUUCUAUGCAUUCUGAGUCUUCAAUGAUCCACUCACUAACUCGACUAGACUAGUGAGAACAGCAGCCCAAGCUCACUCACCACCCUCAGUGUCGUCACGCCAGGAUCAGAACUUAGCACAACCGAUCACCGUGGAUUAAGAUACACAUUUACUCUCCUCGUCCUUCCUCAUUAUAUUUGGGGCAGGGAAGUACAUGCAUCAUAGGCAAUACUUCGACAUUGCUGCAGUGGUGCUGACUUUCUCUCUUCCAUGUACCCGUGCAUGAAAACGAAGCAACGAGUCACCAAGUAUACUUGGCAGACGUUUGUUUCAAGUAACGUCAUUAGUUGAUAACUUAUACAGGACAGAGCGGUGUCUGUUCCAAUUGCACAUCAGGAAUAAUUUAUUAUGAAGCA